CUUUGAAUUCGGCAUUGAAAGGUUGUUUAUCUUGCAGUGGAUUGAUCAUAAACAUGAAUGUGAGGAAGAUCAAACUGUGGCCAAAGUCCACCAUGAAAAGUGCAAGCAAUGGGAAUGAGCUCUCAGAUGACCGAUCUGUGCUCAAGCAUUGCGUUUCAGAAAUCCACCAUUCAAAUCCCUUUCCCAAGUCAUCCACCCCACCACCAGAAAACCCACCAGGUAUGGUGAACACAAUGAUCUGGAGCAACCCAACCUUCUGGCGUUCAGACGAAGCAGAGGGAAUUUACGACGUGGGCAGCAAUGACAUCGACGAAAACAAAAGACAAAAAGAUCUCUAUGGUUUCUGCGUUCCCACGCCGUCUUCUCUUGUAUUUUCUUUCAAUCUUUCACUGGAAGGAAAAGGCCCCCCCUCCUCAGAGGUCGCGAGAUCGAACCCACGCCGCUACGAUUCGACGAAACCAGAGGGAAUAAACGAGGUCGUCUGCGAGGAAUUCCCCAAGAACAGGUCAGAGGUUCGGAACGCCGGGAGAAUGUCGGAGGCAGAAGCAAAUAUACGGGCUGAGUUAGCAAGAGAGAUCGAGAAGGAACUAGAGUUGGAGCUGGAACAACAAAUCGCAAUUCUCACCUGCCGUCUUCAAAAUCUUCGAGCCCACCGCAAAUCUGAAAUUCCUGUGAAUGGCCCCCAAAGUUUUUCCUUGCAAAAAAAAGCUUUGCCACAAAAUCAUAACAAUAAUAAUAGUAAAGCCGUGGAUAGAGGGAACAAAUCGAGCGCUCUGAGAUCUGGGUCAGGGGGAAGUUUUCCAUUCAGAGGAUUUUGUGGCGGGGUCGAUGUUCUAACGCAGUCGGGGCCAUCAAGGCAGAUCAGGCGUGUGGGUAAUGGUAGCACAACUAAUUCCAGAGUUAUGAAGAGGAAAUAAGCGCCCAUCUUCAAUGGAGAAGAUGAACAAACUUAAUGUUUCUGAUAGCUUCAAGUUAGUUGAUAAAACCAGUAAGGCUCAAUUGUUUCGAGCCAGGACAUUCAAGGCUAAAUUAGCCCAAGAUGUCUAGAGAAGAUAAUUUAAUAAACUUAUA